ACAAGCAGACUGGCUGGAGAAAUCUUCACGUGCUUUGGGUUGUGCUAAUUGUUGAUGCGGCGUGUGUGGGGUGUGUGUGUGUGUGUGUUUUGUGUGUGUGCCUACGUGUGUGUGUGUGUGCCGGUGUGUUUAUCUCACGGUUCGUCCCUGCUCUCUUGCGCAUCUCCACCAUGACCAGCACGGAGAGUGUUGUGGAGCAGCCACGCGUCGACCUGGAGCUCCUCACAAACAAGAACGCACACUUGCCGGGCAAAACGACACCGAGCGGGGGCUCCGGUCGCAGCGACGGCGACGGCCCCAAAGUGGCCGCCAACGGGGUGCACGACAUCGAGGACCGUAUCCUCAGGAUCACCGGCUACUACGGAUACAACCCGGGGUACUCCAGUCACAGGAGAGAGGAUGGUUUGGAGUCUCACGCUGAGACGCCAGGCAGCGAGACAAGCGAGGAGAGCCUGUCGUACCAGACCUGCACCUGCACAGUGCUGAAGGUGCUAGGUGGUCUGCUGAUGGUGCUCUGUGUCUCCUCCUCCUGGUUGGGUACCACUCAGGUGGUCAAGCUGACCUACCGGUCCUUCUCCUGUCCUUUCUUCAUCUCCUGGUUCAGCAGCAACUGGAAUAUUCUCUUCUUUCCUAUAUACUACUUUGGACAUGUGCUGAUGACAAGAGAGAAGCAGACACUCAUUCAAAAAUUCAGAGAGUGCAGUAAGCUGUUUGGGGAUGAGGGCAUGACUCUGAAGCUUUUUGUAAAAAGGACGGCGCCUUUCUCCAUCCUGUGGACGCUGACAAACUACUUGUACCUUUUGGCCUUGAAGAAGCUGACCGCCACUGAUGUCUCUGCCCUUUACUGCUGCCACAAGGCCUUCGUCUUUCUUUUGUCCUGGAUUGUUCUUAAGGACCGCUUCAUGGGAGUCCGAAUCGUGGCUGCCAUUAUGGCCAUCACAGGUAUCGUCAUGAUGGCGUAUGCCGACGGUUUCCAUGGGGAUUCCUUUGUGGGCGUGGCAUUGGCUGUGGGCUCAGCUUCAACAUCAGCGCUUUAUAAGGUGCUGUUCAAGAUGGUCCUGGGUAGUGCCAAUCUCGGCGAGGUGGCUCAUUUUCUUUCCACCAUGGGUUUUUUCAAUCUGAUCUUCAUCUCCUGCGUGCCACUCAUCCUGUAUUUCACCAAAGUAGAGCAAUGGGGCUCACUGUCCUCGCUGCCUUGGGGGUACCUGUGUGGCCUGGCAGGACUUUGGCUAGUGUUCAACAUCCUAGUUCAUGUUGGCGUGGUGCUGACAUACCCUAUUCUCAUCUCCAUAGGAACUCUACUAAGUGUGCCUGGAAAUGCAGCAAAUUGGACAGCCGUCAACGUUGUGGCUGGGAGAGCAAACAGAGGCGACUACAAGGAAGCUAACUCGCGAGCUUGUUUCGGUGCUCCUGAUCCUCUCAAGUUCUGCAACUCAGUGCACGUGUAGACAAGAAGAACAGCAAGUACCUGCGGCUGAGGCGAGCGUUCAACACACGUUGUUUAGAUCAUGGUUUUAUUGAUAAUGCAUUAAAAACACGCGAAAGAGAUAUUUUGACGCACAAAUUAAGUUUAAUUAAAUUAAGUUUUGUAGAAAUUUUGCAUGCUUGAAAAUUAGUUUUUUUUUGUUUUUUUGCUUGCUAUAAAUGAUAGCUAAGAGCUAAUUAAGAAUUGUAAAGACAUGAUAUGUCUUAGACUGUGCAAUUAGUCUCCCUUUCAGCAACUGAUGGUGACUGCAAGCUUUUUGUAGAUGUUGCAUAAUCCUGUACACUAAUACAAACGAAGUGCAAUAAAAGCAGAGCUUCCUUGGCAGAGGGUAUUAAAAUGGUUGGGUUUUUUUCAUGCAAUAAAGGCCACCAUGACAAACAGUGUACUCAGCACGUUUCCCAAUCACCAGUGUUCCUCAGCAUACUCCAAGUGUUACCUAGCAGAGGAAGGGUCAGAUUGCCAUGGUAAUGCUUAAUACUUGCAGAGCAGUUCUUAGCUUUAACUAUAAUAAUCAUGUAUGACUGUCAUGGAGUUACAUUUGGUAUCCCACUUGACACGCACAGACGAUGAAGUGGAUCACUUGUACUUAUGAUAAGUUGCAUUUUCUGCCCCAAUUAAUUUGUUUUGUUCUGUAACUCACCUGCCUUCUAUCAUUGCUUACUGUAGCUGUAGAUGUUCUGAAGCAUGAGGUGAUCUUCAGCGUGGUGCGUCUGGCGGCCACCUGUAUCAUCUGCCUCGGCUUCCUGCUCUUGCUGCUUCCAGAGGAGUGGGACUCGGUUACAUUGCGCUU